AACGUUCCAUCUUCAUUUGGCUAUAAAGUUGAGUUGUUUUUUUUUUUAUAAGGGAGCGCUACUUUGGAGAAGAAAAGUGAGUUCUGAGAGUUGCUGGUCUUUUACCAGGGCUAAGAUUACAGUAAAUAAGAAAAUGACGGUGGUGAGCGCGCAGUAAUGUUAGGAAAUGUUAACACAGUCUCUAACAAACUGGAUUAUAACUGCAAUUCAAGCGCGACUUCUAAAAACAGUAACCUUUCGCGUUUAUUUAAAACCGGGGUUGUUGGGAAUUUGCCAGAAAACUCGUAAAUAAAUACAAGAACAUUUAACUGCGAAAAAAAAAGCGCAGUUGUUUUUUUUCGGUUUGUUUCGCGUUUCUCUGUGUGGGCGUGUGUUUCUUCGCUUUUGUUUACAAUCAGGAAGUGGCUAGUCUUAGGCCGCCAUUUUCACUUGCUCUGAAGUCAGCGCCAUCUCAGAAGGGGCUCUGCGAAACCUGGGGACAGAAAGACUGCACUCAGCCCGGAGUCCAGGGCAGCGUCUGGACAGAGAACUGGACGACAAACUACAGUCCGCCAGGUUGUUUAUAUAUGUGGACACUCUGCUGUAAAGGCAUUGCUUUUCGCUAUUGGAAGGAAAGUUUUCUAGUAAGUUAGCCAGCUGAUGUAUCCUCCUUCGCCGCCCUUGUGCGAUUUCCAGGUCAUGAUCGGGGAAACACUAGCCCACCACGUCGAGUCGAAACUCGACCAUGUCGAGAACAGCAAGCCGCCGUCUUAUCAUCAUUAUGGCGGGGCCAACAAUAGUAUCAGCAAAAGACAAGCUUUGUUGAAGAAAGGUGGGAGGAAAGCCCGCUCGACACCUGCGGCUUUACAAAGCAGACACCAUCAUCACCCCCAUCAUAACCAGAAACAUCCAAGUUUGGCGAGGAGCAACCCUUCGCGCUUCAGUGAUAUCAACACCAUGGGGACUGGAGGAAAGUCAGCAGACUGUGGUAGCGCCACAAGCCGGGUCCCUGCAUCUACUGCUAUAACACUGCAUCACCAGAAACAGGGGGCGAAGAAAGAGGUUUUAAAAUCAAAACCGGUAAGAACUGAGAAGACCCCUUAUCCCGGCGGGCAGCCCAUGCACAACCUGAAUAAAUAUGAACACCCAGUCCAGUCUCUGAACACCACCAAACAGAAGAUUAAGCACAGCACGCCUGUCAAGGUUUCUCCAGUAAAACAAAAUGAAAACAGCUAUCAGCCUAGCCCCGCCUCCUUGGACCUGUACCAUAGAGAGGGGAUUAAAAUACCUCUCAACCCUGCCGAUUAUUUUAAGAGUGUUAAAGUUACUGAAGCUGAACUGAUUUCUGAAGAGGACCACAAGGAUGGCAAGAAGAACUACGCUGGUGCUAGGUUUAGUGAGCCUCCAUCGCCCAGUGUCCUUCCUAAGCCACCGAGCCAUUGGGUAGGAGACAACACCCAGGGACAUUCGAACCCGAGCAGAGCACUCAUGACAGUGCACCUAAAGACCCUACUCAAGCUCCAAGCAUUGCCAUGAAUUAAUGAAGAAAAAAGAAUGACAGUAAGUCACCCGAGCACAAUUCAGCACUAAAGAUUACAUUUUGAAAGAGUUUUGGAAUUGGAAGUUGUUGCAACAGAAGGUCCUGAAGUUUGGACUGUAUUGAAUUUUACAUUUGCAUGGAACAGCAGCCUUGUACAGUUUAGUGGAUUUUUAAUGAACUUGUGUAAAUAUUGUAAACCAUGUAAUAUUGUGUAUUUUUCAUGUUCUUUUAACAAAAGUAAAUUAUAGUUUUGUUACUGAAACCUGUAUGUACUGUAUUAUGUACCGAGAAUAGGUGCACUUUCUGAAUUGUUUUAUUUUGUCUAUAAAAAUGAAAGACUGUAAAACCUGUUGGGGCACAUAUAAAGUAAGAAACAAUUUGUGUUUUCUUACUAAUUUUGCACAAGACUGAUAACCAAACAGAGCAACUGGAUUGGAGCAAAACAACAUGUGGAUUCUUUAAGCCAACACAACUUGCAAUGCAUUAGUGGGGAAACUAAGAACUUGAGGCACAAUCUCUGAAGUCCUGGCACUGGAAUAGAAAUGUGAACAUAUCAUCAUGCUUCAAGCUUUGUGACCUCAGACGAAGAGAACUGCCUGCUUUAUUGUACAGAUACUGCUUUCUUCACUCGAUACUACCAGCACUGACCUUCUGCUUAACAAGAACAUUCAGUUUUCAGGUUUGUUUUAAUAUCUUGCCCUUUAGCACCUAUAACAUCUAUAAUCACAUCCAAGAAUAAUACAGUUGAAAAAGCCCAUACAAGAACAGGUGUCAGUUGUACUUUUGUUAUGUCAUUGCAAAAUGUUCAUUUAAAAAUAAUUGUUU